ACCGCAGUCGAUUUGCUUCUUUCAUUUUUAUCGCAGGAAAGACAAAGAGAGAGACAGAGAGAAACGAUGAAGGUUGUUGCAGCGUUCCUCCUUGCCAAACUCGGCGGCAAUGAGAACCCAUCCGUUGAUGAUCUGAAGAAGAUCUUCGAAUCUGUUGGUGCAGAGAUCGACCAAGAGAAGAUAGAUCUCUUCUUCUCUCUUAUCAAAGAUCGUGAUGUGACUGAGCUUAUCGCUGUUGGACGAGAGAAGAUGGCUGCUCUAUCUUCCGGUGGUCCUGCUGUUGCGGUUGCUUCCGGAGGAGGAGGUGGUGCUGCUCCUGCCGCAGAGCCUAAGGCGGCUGAGUCUAAGAAGAAGGAAGAGGAGAAAGAGGAAUCAGAAGACGACGGUGGAAUGAUGAGUCUCUUCGACUAAUCUUAUCUUGUUUCGAUCUGCGUAUUAUCUUAUCGUUUUUUGGUUAUGUCAUUUUCUUGAUUAGGGUUUCUGGAUUUUGUGGUUUCCAUUGAUUAUUAUCGUCUUUGGUUACUUGAGUUUGGUUCGAAUAAAUGAUUUUUGUUUCUGAUGAAGAUUGUUUUGUUCUCGUUAAACGUUUAUGCAUUUUACAGUGGAUGCCA